AUGAGAGCCUCCAGCAGCCCCACCGCCCUGAGCCGUGGCCUCAGGGAGCAGCCUCGCUGGAGCAGCCCCUAUCCAGCCACCGACCCAGACCCCAAAGGCCCGAGCGCGGAGCGCCUGCUCGCGGCCCUGCGGCCCUGCGGCCCAGGCCCGGGUGUCCGCGACAGGGAGGCGCCGGUGGGCGGGGGCGCGUGUGGGACGGAGCGUAAGGCGGAUCCACGCCUGCGCUGGCAGGCCCAGGACAAUGUGACUUUGGAGGAUAUGGCCAUGUACUUCUCCUGGGAGGAAUGGGGUCUCCUUGAUGAUGCUCAGAGACGCCUGUACCAUGAUGUGAUUCUGGAGAACUUGGCACUGAUGGCCUCCCUGGAAUGUGGAAAAGCCUUCUAUCGUAAAUGUAAACUUGUUCAGCACCAAAGAAUUCACACUGGAGAAGGACUGCUUGAGUGCAGUGAAUGUGGGAAAACCUUCAGCUAUAAGCAUACAUUUGUUCAGCAUAAGACAGUCCACACUGGAGAAAAGCCUUCUGAGUGCAGUGAGUGUGGAAAGGCCUUCAGGUUCAAAUAUAAACAUGUUCAGCACCUAUGUACUCACACUAGAGAAAGGCCUUACAUGUGUAGUGAAUGUGAGAACUUUUGGAUGAUAUCCAAACUUGUUCGGCACCAGAGAAUUCACACAGGAGCACGACCUUAUGAGUGUGCUGAAUGUGACAAAUUCUCUAGACAAAGUUCCAGCCUCUUUCAACAUCAGAGAAUUCACACUGGAGCAAGGCCUUAUGAAUGUGACAAAUGUGGGAAGUCUUGUAGCCAAAGUUCUGUCCUCAUCCAGCAUCAGAGAGUUCUCACUGGAGAAAGGCCAUAUGAGUGCAAUGAAUAUGGGAAAUCCUUUAGACAAACCUCCAGCCUCAUUCAACACCAGAGAGUUCACACAGGAGCAAGGCCUUACGAGUGUAGUGAAUGUGGGAAAUCCUUUAGCCAAAGUUUUAGCCUCAUUCUACAUCAGAGAAUUCACACUGGAGAAAGGCCUUAUGAAUGCAGUGAAUGUGGGAAAUUCUUUAGCCAAAACUAUAGCCUCAUUCAACACCAUAAACUUCACACUAGAAAAAGGCAUCAGGACUUCAGCCAACCUGAGAAAGUUUUCCAACAUCUGCUCUGA